AGAGAGAUGAAAACACAGGCAGGGGAAAUGGAGAAAUUUGGUGGGACUGAAGACGAGUUGAGACCUGAGAGCGAGUGAGACAUAAUAAUAGGAAAUAUAAAUAAAAAUAGAUAUAGCAGAGAGAGAUGGAUCAACUCCGGAACAUGGGCUUCUCCGACAACUUGGCGGCGCAAGCCCUUUCUGCCACUGGCGGCAACUCCCCAACUAAAGCAAUCGAAUGGAUUCUCAACCAACCCCCAUCAAACGACACCAAAAUCGACGUCGUAUCAACCCCUCCUCCCGCUUCCGCCCCCAAAGCAUCUCCUCGUUCUUCUCAGCCCAAACUCCACCGCUUUUUCACCAGACCCCUCCAAAACGACGACGUUCCCAUCCCUUCCCCUUCUCCCACUCCCACACCGCCCCAAAACGACGACGUCUCCACGUCCUCCAAGAAGCGACCGAAGCCGUCGCCGCCACCUCCGCCGCUGUCGGAGCGUAUGCGGCCUCGAACCCUAGACGACGUCGUUGGGCAGGACCACCUCUUGGCCGCCAAGUCUUCCCUCCUCCGCUCCGCCGUCAACCGCGGCCGCCUCCCUUCGCUUAUUCUAUGGGGCCCACCCGGCUCCGGAAAGACCUCCAUUGCCCGCGCCAUCCUCGGAUCCCUCUCCAUCUCCGCCUUCCGCUUCGUCGCCCUCUCCGCCGUCACCUCUGGCGUCAAGGACGUCAGGGACGCCGUCGACGAAGCCCGCCGCGAGAAAUCCAAGACUAAAACAACCACAUUGCUCUUUGUCGACGAGGUCCAUCGAUUCAACAAGGCCCAGCAGGACUCGUUCCUUCCCAUCAUUGAAGACGGCAGCGUCGUCUUCGUCGGCGCCACCACCGAGAACCCGUCCUUCCACCUCACCACGCCGCUCCUCUCCCGCUGCCGUCUCCUCCUGCUCCACCCCCUGCCGCCCCACCACCUGGCCUCAUUGCUCCGCCGCGCUGCUGACGAUCCCCUCAACGGCCUCCGCAUAAGCGUGGGCUCGCCCGUCAGUGUCGAUGACGACGCCGUCCGCUUCAUUUCUGAAAAUUGCGACGGCGACGCGCGGGUGGCGCUCAAUGCCUUGGAGAUCGCUUCUGUUGCCGCUGCCGCAUCUGCUGCCCGACGAGACGCGGCAGAUGUUGUUGUCGUGGCGUUGGAGGAUGCGAAGGAGGCGUUGCAGUGUAAGCAUCUGGCGUAUGAUAGAGAUGGAGAAGAGCAUUACAAUCUCAUCAGCGCGCUGCAUAAGUCCAUGAGAGGAAGCGAUGCCAAUGCCGGAAUCUAUUGGCUCGCCAGGAUGCUCGAAGGAGGGGAACAGCCUCUCUAUAUUGCUCGCAGACUCAUAAGGUUUGCUAGUGAGGAUGUUGGGUUGGCUGAUCCGUUGGCUCUGAAUCAGGCUGUGGCAUGCUACCAAGCUUGUCACUUCUUGGGAAUGCCUGAGUGCAAUGUGAUUCUUGCACAAUGCGUGGCUUACUUGGCAUUGGCUCCAAAAUCCAUCGCCAUUUACCGGGCCAUCGGGGCUGCACAGAAGGCAGUGAAAGAAUCCGAUGGGCAAAACGAGGGAGUGCCUCUGCAUUUGAGGAAUGCGCCUACCAAGUUGAUGAAGGAGAUAGGGUAUGGGAAGGACUACAUUUAUACUCCGAACAAUCCCACCGCCUUUCAAAGCUACCUCCCAUCCUCUCUCGAGGGGUGCAAGUUUCUGGAUUGGCCCAAUUCUGGUUCUGAUGAACCACCAUUAGAUCGUUGUUGAUGGGGACUUUAGGAGUGUUUUUGGUGGCUGGUAUAUUUGUGCUUGAUUUCUUCAUUAUUGUCAGCAAUUUUGUUCAUAGUUGUCCAUGCCAUAUUUUAGAAGUACUUUGUAUUUGAUCAUCAUAUGGAAAACAGUCGGGAAAUAUAUACUUAUUUUGGAUGUAUAAAGAAGAUCAAAGGAUAUUUUUGGUCAAUUUUAUACUGCUGCAAGUUUCAGUGCUGGUUUUUUUUAGAUCUGAACAACGAACGUUUGGGUCUAACACUCUCCUGCAAUAUCAUAUUUUGCCCGUGGAAAAAA